UCGUUUGUAACUAAUUGUAAAAUAAACAUAAUGCAGGUACAUUGUCGAAUAAUUUUUAAUGCUUUAAAAUACAAAAGGCAGCGUGUUGCAGUAACGCUUAGUUGAUCGAUAUUGUUUAUUAUCAUGUGGGCAAAUAAACAUUUUGCAUAAUAACUACCUAUCUAAUGUAAUAAAAUUGAAAGUGAAUGUUAACAAACAUUAACUUAACGUGAGGGUGUACGCUCGUCUAUAUAUUUCAAUUACUGUAAUUUAGAACUUUAAUAUCCUCAACACUUUUGGCCCAUAUUAAGUCGAACGGCCAUGUACAAAUUCCCGAUGGUAGUUUUGUUCUCAAUCACAUAUUUCGGACAGUGUAUUAUACCUGCGGUCGAAAGCAAAGCCACGGCUUGCGACCCCAAACGAAAAGAUCCGACGUACAAGGAUUCAAAGAUGACGUGUGCCGAAUGCAGUUGUGUUAAAAAUGGUAAAGCUCUCGUUUGUACGGAAAACAGAUGCAAAUGGAACGAUGGGACGACCGUGAACAAAUAUGGUGUUGAUUUUGACCUGCCGGUUGUAAAACUAUGUGAACCUGGAAUGUCUGUGUAUAACAAUUGCAAUGUUUGCACGUGUGGCACCAAUUACCAACCAACAAUAUGUCACUUAAUAACAUGCAACGCAAGAUUGCUAGAAUUAAUGACGAAAAGCAAUCCUAACUAUCCUUUUCUAGAGAAAAGCUAAUUUGUCCACAAAUAGAGACAACCGAGGAAAAAGAAUAGAUUUAUAGAUAAUGUAUUAUCACUUGCAUUUAAGUAUUGUAUUUAAG